CUCAAAGAAUUCUCAUUGUCUCUUUUGUUCUAAAUUCUCUCGUAUAUCACAAUUAUGAAUAACUCUCUGAAUUUCUCGAUAUGAUUUUUAAGAUGAUGUUCUAUCAAAAAACCUACUUCAUUUUUUCGUUUUUAUAUUUUGGGAAGUACAAGACCACCAACCGAUUCAUGCACCUAUUUUCUGAAAUUAUAUUUUUCAUCCAUCGAUCUUUAUUUAUCUUAUUUAUCUUUUUUCAGCUACAAUCAUUCACUCAUCCGAUUUUGACGUUAUAUCCUUUUAUCUGACUAUGCCCCAUUUUCUCUUAAACCAUCCUUCGCACUUUUUUGCAUAUUUCCUGAUUAUAGAGCCACCUGAUAAACAUCUCUGAAUUGUGGAUUUGUCACCGAACAUUUAAAUACCUUGUACAACGAAUCGAAU